CCCUCCUCCCCUCCUUCCACCACGCCGGCAGGAGCACCGCAUCCGCUCUCCCCUCCUGCUCGACGGCGGCGGCGGCCCUCCACCGGUAUGGAGUCGACCGGAGGAGAUCCGUCCGGAUUAGCAGCAGCUGCCGCUUUACAUGCUUCCGCUGAUGCAAGCGGACCGGAAGAAAGUGGGCAUGUUGAUGACAGCAACACCAUUUCCGACGAUGCCCCAGAACCAUUUAACUGUUUCCCGGAACAGGAAUCAAACGAUGCUAGUGUUAGUACGGAAAAGAAACAACCUGCCGGAUCGAAAUGCAAGUCGGUGGAAGAACUUCCAAGAGCAGAAACCGUGAAGAGGUGCAAGAACACCGAUUCCAAGAAGCUCUCCUCAAAUAACAACAAUAGUUUAAGCCUCGCUGCUAUUCAGGCCCUAAGAAAGCCGCCAAGAAAGGGGGGCCAUCCUGCUCAACUACGUGAGAGUACAAUGUCUGAAGAUAAACGGCCCCUUUCCACGUGGGUAUGCAAAAAUGCAGCCUGCAAAGCUGUGCUUACCUCAGACAACACGUUCUGUAAGCGGUGUUCGUGUUGUAUUUGCCAUCUUUUCGAUGACAACAAGGACCCUAGCCUUUGGCUCGUCUGCUCAUCGGAGACUGGUGGCGACAGGGAUUGCUGUGAGUCGUCCUGCCACGUGGAGUGUGCACUCCAGCGCCGAAAGGCAGGGCGUGUUGAUCUUGGCCAAUCUAUGCACCUAGAUGGUCAUUAUUGCUGUGCUGCCUGCGGCAAGGUUAUUGGAAUACUUGGGUGCUGGAAAAGGCAGCUAGCAGUUGCUAAAGAUGCUCGCCGGGUUGAUAUUCUUUGUUCUCGCAUAUACCUAAGUCAUAGACUUUUGGAUGGCACAAUCCGUUUUAAAGAGCUGCAUCAGAUUGUAAAGGAUGCAAAAGCCAAGCUGGAAACUGAGGUUGGUCCCCUUGAUGGCAUGUCUUCUAAAAUGGCCCGUGGCAUUGUGGGCCGGCUGCCUGUAGCUGCCGAUGUGCAGAAUCUUUGCUCUCUGGCAAUGGAGAAGGCAGAUGACUGGCUCCAGUCAAACUCUCAAGCAGAAACUAAACAAAUUGAUACACUUCCUACUGCCUGCAGGUUUAGAUUUGAAGAUAUUAGAGCUUCAUCAUUAGUGGUUGUUCUGAAAGAAACUGCAUCCUCACCAUAUCAUGCUAUCAAAGGCUACAAGCUUUGGUACUGGAAUAGCAGAGAACCGCCCUCCACUAGGGAGCCUGCUAUUUUCCCCAAAGACCAAAGAAGGAUACUGAUAUCCAAUCUGCAGCCCUGCACAGAGUAUGCCUUUCGGAUAAUUUCUUUUACCGAGGAAGGUGAACUUGGCCACUCAGAGUCUAAGUGCUUUACCAGGAGUGUGGAGAUCAUUCACAAGACCAUAGAACACGGUGCAGAAGGUUGCUCCUCUACUGCCAAGAGAGAUGUCAAGAGCCAAAAUGGUAGGUCGUCGUCAGGCUUCAUGGUGCGCCAGCUGGGUAAAGUAUUGCGGAAGGCAUGGGCUGAGGAGGACGGUUGCCCCGAUGAGUUCUGCAAGGAUGAGAUUGAGGAUUCGUGUGAUCAUAGUGAUUCACUGACACCAGACAAGGAUCAAGUCGCACAUGUUUCAUGCAAACUUGAUCUUAAUGAAAACUCAGUCCCCGAUCUAAAUGCGGAGGUAGUAAUGCCAACAGAGUACCUUCGGAAUGAGAAUGGGUGUAGUUCAGGAAAGAUUGGAUUGAGAACAUCAAAUGGUUGUGGUGAUUUUGCAACCUGCGCCGAGGGGCAUGUCGCGGAGACACCUGCCAUGGAAUCUCGGUCACAAAGUCGGAAGCAGACAUCAGAUUUGGAGCAGGAAACCUGUGCAGAGGAUGGCAAUUUGGUCACUCGCUCACAGACGCACUUCUCCGGUAGAUUAGGUCAGCUAGAUGAUCACUAUGAGUACUGUGUGAAGAUUAUUCGAUGGCUGGAACGUUCUGGCCACAUCAAGAAGGAUUUUAGAAUGAGAUUCCUAACCUGGUUCAGCCUGAGAUCGACGGAACAGGAGCGGAGGAUUGUGUUCACCUUUAUCCGCACCCUCCUUGAUGAGCCCAGUAGUUUAGCCGGGCAGCUCCUGGAUUCCUUUGAAGAAAUUGUUGCCAGUAAAAGGGCAAGAAUUGGUGGUUUCUGCACUAAGUUAUGGCACUAAUCCAGAUAGUAUAAAACUGAAAUCACAAAUAUAUUAUUCAAUAUUCUUACACGGGGAAACAUGACAUUUGCUUAUGUACUAAGUUAUGGCGCCAAUCUGGCUAGGAAAACCCGGAACCACUAGUAUAAUAAUAUCGUAAUAUUCUUGCGAGGGGAAAAUGUAACUGGCGCACAGUAUUCCACUUUGUUGUAAUAUCAAUUCUAACUGCUGAUAAAUGUAUGUGUGGUUAGCUUUA